CAAAACACAAGCUUUUUCCCAGCGAAUUUCAAUCCCACCACCCUUCACCGGCCUUGAGCUUAAACUGAUCGAGCCACUGGUUUCGCUUUUUCUUGAUCUUUAGAAACUAGUUGAGCCAACUAGCCAAGCGGCCGAUCACAGAUGGCGUCCGUGGAGGAAAUUCGAAAGGCUCAGCGAGCCCAGGGUCCGGCCACCAUUUUAGCCAUUGGCACAGCCACUCCCUCCAACUGCGUCUCUCAAGCUGACUAUCCUGACUUUUACUUCCGGAUCACCAAGAGCGAUCACAUGACCGAGUUGAAGGAGAAGUUCAAACGCAUGUGUGAUAAAUCGAUGAUAAAGAAACGUUACAUGUACUUGAAUGAAGAGAUUCUGAAGGAAAAUCCCAAUAUGUGUGCUUACAUGGCUCCAUCUCUUGACGCACGUCAAGACAUAGUGGUGGUGGAGGUGCCCAAGCUGGGGAAGGAAGCGGCAACAAAGGCAAUCAAAGAGUGGGGGCAGCCCAAAUCCAAGAUCACCCACCUCGUCUUCUGUACAACCUCAGGGGUAGACAUGCCCGGCGCAGAUUACCAGCUCACCAAGCUCCUCGGCCUUCGACCCUCCGUCAAGCGCUUGAUGAUGUAUCAGCAGGGCUGCUUCGCAGGUGGGACCGUCCUCCGUCUCGCAAAGGACUUGGCCGAGAACAACAAGGGAGCACGUGUUCUCGUCGUCUGCUCUGAGAUCACAGCCGUCACUUUCCGUGGGCCCACUGAUACUCACUUGGACUCCCUGGUGGGCCAAGCCCUUUUCGGUGAUGGUGCGGCAGCAUUGAUUGUGGGUGCGGACCCCGAUACAUCCGUUGAACGUCCACUUUUCGAACUUAUAUCGGCAGCACAGACGAUUCUACCCGACUCCGAUGGUGCCAUUGAUGGACACUUGCGCGAGGUGGGUCUUACCUUUCACUUGUUGAAGGACGUACCGGGGAUAAUAUCGAAGAACAUUGAGAAAAGCUUGGCGGAAGCUUUUGCUCCGCUGGGCAUAAGCGAUUGGAACUCUUUGUUUUGGAUUGCACACCCCGGUGGGCCGGCCAUUCUUGACCAGGUUGAGGCCAAGCUGGGACUGAAAGAGGAGAAACUAAGAGCAACUCGUCACAUUCUGAGCGAGUACGGGAACAUGUCAAGUGCAUGCGUGCUGUUCAUAUUGGACGAGAUGAGGAAGAAUUCUGCGGAGGAAGGAAAGGUCACCACCGGAGAAGGGUUGGAGUGGGGAGUUCUCUUCGGGUUUGGGCCGGGUUUGACCGUCGAGACGGUGGUGCUGCACAGUAUCCCUGUGCCCGUUGAGGCCAGUCACUGAUUCCCGGGAUGAAAAGAGGGAAUUACAGAAUAAUUAACGCUCGUAUGGAUUAGUUGUGACGAAUUGAAGAGGCCAAGUGGAAAAUUACAAAUGUGUUUUUUUUUUUUUUUUUAAGAAUUAAAAAUUUGUUUGAGUACUGUUAAAGCAAUUGUAAGCGUGUGUGGGUGGCUGCGUGAGGCCUUUUCCCAAUAACAGAUACCUUGGUAUUUAUUAUAAA